UCAUGUCUCCCAUCGUCAAUACCAAUCCUCCACCCCCAGUACAGCGCAUCAAUUCCCAGCCCUCAAUACAGCGCCUCAAUCCCCAAUUCCGUACACACGCUCAUCGCAUCAAUGAAAAACCUCCAAUCUACGCUCACUCUAUGGUCCACCUCACGAGCCUCCCCUGACGCAGUCAGCGACGCCUACAUGCAAUUUGGAGUCGGAUUUAACGCUGUCGUAUGGGCGUUUGAAGGAUCAGGGGUCGACACGUCAGAUCUGCAUCAAAUUCCCACACGACUGCGUGCUGUGCUCGAGACAUGUUUAGGCGAAGACCCUUGCCCUGCUGCACUGGAAAUGUAUCAACCACGAAUCCGACAGCAGCUAUACGAACUACUGCAGGGCCUUAAAGCAAAGCAGGGUGCGUGGCGCAGCGCUGUGGCUGCGGGACUCUAG